GGACGAUGAAGCUCCUGCGGGCGGCCCUUUUUUUUUCUUCCAGAGAUCCCCUCUCCUCGUCGCCACGUUAAGGUAGAGGCCCGACCGCCCGCCUACCGGCACGCGUGCGCCCACCGCCACAUCCCCAUGCCACGCUAUGCCACCCCAGCAAUCCACCUCAUGCCAUCCCGUCCUGAGGGCCAAGGCCACCGCAUCCAAGCUCCCUCCUCGUCCCUCCACACCUGCUUGCUCCUCCCCCCUGGAACAUUUUUCCACCUCCCCAACUCUCCGUCGCGUUCUUCUUUGCCGCUGCUGGUUUACACGUCGUCUUCUACCCCCCCUCUCAAUCGCAGUUCGGUUGGUUGGUCAUUCGAGGGAUCCAGGAACCUCACGCGUGCCUGGCCCCCCCUUUUUGACCCUGCUGCUGCGGAUUGUGCUGCUGCUGUACACCCUCUCCUUUUCCGCUGCGUACGUACUGCUUGUGUCCUGUGAGCGAGCUCGACUGCCGCACAAACGCCUUUGUGCUACCAGACAAACAGCGUCGCGUCGCCUGCCCACCGAAAGCGAAAUAUAAUGUCUGACAACAAGGAGAACGUCGAGGUCGCGCCGCCUCAAGACGCACCCCCCGCCGAUGCUCACGCCGAGCCGUCGACGCCCAAGGAGGCGACGCCAACCCCCGAGGGCACGCCCAAGGAGGCUCCCAAGGAAACUCCCAAGGGAACGCCCAAGGCCAACGGCGAGUCCAAGGCCCCGGUAGCUGCUAAGCGCCCCGGCACGGCCGCGACCUCGACCACGACCACCCGUCGCCCCGGCACGGCCUCCUCCUCCACCGGCUCCAAGCCCGCGACGACCGCGGCGACGACCCGCACCGCCGGUGGCAUGGCCAAGCCCCCUACGCGUCCGCCCACCACCACCACGACAACUGGCCGCCGCUCAACGGCUGCCUCUAUCUCUACCGCAAGCCACCGUAGCCGCCCGAGCGUGAGCGCCAGCGAGGACGAGAAGAAGCCGACCUUGGGCUCCGCCGCCCGGAGGACCAGCUCCAUCAUGUCCAGUCCUGGCCGGACCCCGACCGACAAGAAGCCGGCGACGACGACGACGACCACCGCCGCGGCCGCUGCUCGUCGGCCCACGGCUUCGUCGACUUCUGCGACCGCGAGCCCGAGGACCUCCACCGUUGCCCCUAGGACCGGCACCACCGCCACCUCGGCGACGCGAACGGCCACCGCGUCGCGCUCGGCUGCGACUACGGGCACUACCGAGGCUCGCAAGCGACUCUCCACCGUCGGCGUGCCCGCUGCCGCCUCUGCGACCCGAACGGCCACCCGCCCCGCUGCUAGGUCCGACGCCUCUACUGCUUCUACCAAGGAGCUCGAGGAUCUUAGGUCCAAGGUCGCCGCGGGCACUGCUGAGAUUGAGACCCUGAAGGCGCAGAUCAAAAGCUCGGAGGAGACUAUCUCGGAGCUCCGCGAGCAGCAGGCGGCUAGCGCUCCCGCUCCGAGCCAGGAUGCCGAGGAGAACCCUGCCCAGGACAGCGAGGACGCUGUCGCGGCGCUCAAGUCGGAGCACGAGGCGACCGUGGCCACACUGGAGGGCCGCGUGGGCGACGUUUCCGACAAGCUGCAGGCGGCCGAGGCGGAGCUUGACAAGCUUAAGAUCGACCUGGCGGCUGCCAUUGGCGCCAAGGACUCGGUCGAGUCCGAGCUCGAGGCCGUGAAGAAGUCGCUGGAAAUGAUUCAGGCCGAGAGUGACGAAAAGCUCAAGGCCAGCGAAAGUGCUCUGCAGAAGGCUCUCGAUGAGCAGUCCGCAAAGAUCGAGGAGCUGCAGUCCUCCUUGACCGGGCAGCACCAGAGCACCAUCGAGGAGCUAGAGGCUAAACACAAAGAGGAGCUUGCCAAGGGUCAGAGCGAUGCGUCAUCGCAUGAGACUGUUCUGUCUGAGCUCAAGGCCAGCCACGAGACUGUUGUUGCUGAUCUUCAAAAGAAGAUUGACGAGCUCACCGCCUCGCACGAGGCGCUGGAGUCGGCGAACAGCGACAAGUCCCGCUCCGAACAGCAGGCUUACAAUACGCAGAUUGCGACAUUGGAGAGCGAAAUCGCCGAGCUCAAGGCCAGGCUUGAGAUGUCCGGUAAAGCUGCCGAAUCUACCAAGGGUGAGCUGGAUUCGUUCAAUGAGCAGCUCGCUCAGAUCCAGAGUGACCUGGCCGGCAAGGAGACUGCCCUUGCCACGGCUCAGGAGCAGAUCACGGCACUCGAGGCCAAGUCCACCGAGGCGCACACUGCCCUGGCCGACAAGGAGAACGAGAUCUCGAAGCUCAAGGCCAUGCACGACGAACGCAUGAAGAAUCUGUCACAGGACUACGAGAACGAAAUCGAAAGCCUGCGUGGCGAUGCCUUCUUCAAGCGCAAGUUCGAGGAGCUCGAGGCUCAGCACAAUGAGCUCAAGGCAUCAUCUGAGGAGGCGACCGCCAGCGGCGGCGAGGCCCUCGCCGCUGCAAAGGCCGAGCACGCCGCCGCCGUCGAAGCGCUGGAGAAGAAGGAAAAAGAGCAUCAGGCGACGCUCGAUGCGCUGCGCGCGAGCCACGCCGAGGAGCUUGAGUCUGCCAAGACCGGCGCGUCUGCGGACAAGUCGGCGCACAUUGGCCAGAUUGAAGCCCUCAAGUCCCAACACGCCGAUGAGCUGAACGUCGCUAAGGAGCAGAGCGAGGCAGCUCUCGCAAAGGAAUUAGAGGCUCUCAAGGCCUCUCACACCGAGAUCCUCGACGCGCUCAAGAAGGAGCAUGCCAACGAGAAGGAAACGACCACGGCCGCCCACCUGGCAGAACUGGCUUCUGCCAAGGACGCCGGCUCCAGUGCCCAUGUUGCCGAGCUGGACAGCGUUCGAUCCGAACUUGAGGCAGCCAAGGCCGAGCUGGAGAAGGCGCAGGCUGAAAGCCUGGAGGCGGUAGAGUCGGCAAGGCAGGAGCUCCAGGAGAAGCACUUUGCCAAGGUUGAGGAGCUCAUGAACUUCAACUCGGAGGUCAUGGAACAGCUGGAGGCAAAGGGCGUUCAGGCAAGACAGGAAUUGGAGCAAAUGACAGCGGACCACUCCAAGUCCCUCGAGGAUGCCAUCGCCGAGUACAAGAACAGCAACACGGGUCUCGAGGACAAGAUUGCACAGCAGGCGGAGGCCAACGCGAGGUUGGAGAAGGCGCUGGAAGACGCGCAAGGGGCUCUAGCCAAGGCACAAGCCGAGGUGGAGGAGAUGGGCCAGCAGCUCGCCCACGAGAAGAUGGAGCGUAUGACUGCUCUCGCUGAUCUGGAUGCGCUGAAGAGCGCCAAACCCGACACCUCCGAGGCGGAUGCCCUGCGCCGGGAACUCGAGGCCCUGAAGAAGUCACACGGCGAGGCAAGCUCGUCUGUGGAGUCGACACUCAAGGCCAAGCAGGACGAGGUCGACGCCGCCCAGGCGCAGCUGACGGCAGCCCAUGAGACCCUAGCCGGGAUGAAGGACAGCCUGGAGCUUGCGCAGAAAGAAUUGGAGGCACACAAAGCGGAAGCGGAGGCCCGAUCCAAGACGGCGCAGGCAGACUACAAGGACCUGAACGACAGCAUGACAGCGCUCGUUGAGGAGGCCAACACCAACGCCAAAGAGCUGCAAGGGAAGCUGGAGGACACGGUCAAGCGGGCCGAGGACAUUGAGAAGCGCGUGAACGAACUCGAGGCGCAGCUCAAGGUCAAGGAGGCCGAGGUGGCCGAGGCAAAGGCAAAGGCCGGCAAGCCUAAGGGGCUGGCCAGCAGCCGAUAUGCCGAGGAGGGCGGUGACGAGGCUGCUGGAACAAACGGUGAUGAGUCGGAAGGUGAGGAAGACGACGGAGACCACUCUUCAGCGGCAUUGGCUUCGCUAAGUAAAGCGCGCCUCACGGCGAAGCAGAUUGACGCCCUCGACCGUGAAAUGAGGGACCGCAACCUUCAGCUUCUCAAUUCGAUCACGAACCCAGGGACCACGCAGACGUCAUAGGGCCGACGACAGCCGACGAGCUAAUCCGGCUUCAGACUGGCGUGCUCCCUUUGUUUCUUUUGUGUGUGUGUGUGUGUGUGUAGGCAGCGCACGUCUCUGGAAGGCUUUGCUCGUAAAUACCCCUGUGCUUACCUCGAGUCAAUGAUUGGUACCAACUGCUUGGCCGCGGGCGAAUGUGUUUAUUAGCGGCGCAACUCGGUGUGACGGAGUGGUAGGCGACGCAGGUCACUGCCAGGGAAAGAGGAAGUUGCUUUCUAUUCUGGGCGAACCUUUUGGACGUAUAUUGAUGGUGAUGGGAAACAUGUCUAAUACGAAGGAGGCGCUUGUAGGGGGCGCCGGGCGGGACGGGCAGGGCACCGCACUGCAACGCACCGCACCGCUCUGCACUAUACAGCGCAGCGCAGCACAGCUAGUCGCGAUUGAGCAAUGACGAUACCCCCUCCAUCUCUUCCCGGAUCUCACCUGGUGGCUCCGUUUCUUUAACGCCUCCUGCUACUGCUGCCGCUUCUCCUCUUCCUUGAUUUCGCUGAUGAAUAGCGGCGGCGUGGCUGGCUGGGAUUUUUUAAGGUUAAUUCGCCAGCAGGGACUAAGGC